UUUCCUUCCCCCGCGCAGGUCCGCGCGCCCGGGCCUCCACAUCGUCGCUAACGGAGCGUUGCGGCGCCGGCGGGCCCUGGCGAGCCCGGGGCAGUACAGUGACCAGGCCGGCCCGGGCCCACCGCGCGGCCUCUGCCGUUUCGGGCUGUGCUGGGUGGAAGAUUAGGUUCCCCGGGCACGCCGUCCCCGCCGAGAGGCCGCAGCUCCGUGGCAGCGCCCUCGCCCUUCCAGCCGGCUCGAGGGUGGUCGCCAGGGGCGAUAAAGGAAUGUGGGACAGUGGUUAGCGCUCCAGCCGCUCCGAGGGAAGCCAGGCAGCGUUACACUGAAUUCUCCGGCUGUAGAGAUUGGAGGAAGUCAGGGGAAAUUCGUCUCUAAGCUGUAAGCGUGUUCUGAAGACGAAGGGGAGCUCCCUAGUGCUACGGGCUGUUUCAGGAAGCCAAUUAAUUUUGCACACGUAAUACUUACUACCUUCUAAUAAUUGGAACAGAAGAUGAACCCAACUAAUCCUUUCAGUGGGCAGCAGCCUAGUGCUUUUUCAGCGUCUUCCAGUAAUGUAGGAACACUUCCAUCUAAGUCGCCAUUUCGAUUUGGUCAACCUUCUCUUUUUGGACAAAACAGUACCUUAUCUGGGAAGAGCUCGGGAUUUUCACAAGUGUCCAGCUUUCCAGCAUCUUCUGGAGUAAGUCAUUCCUCUUCAGUGCAAACAUUAGGGUUCACCCAAUCCUCAAGUGUUGGACCCUUUUCUGGACUUGAGCACACUUCCACCUUUGUGGCUACCUCUGGGCCUUCAAGUUCAUCUGUGCUGGGAAACCCAGGAUUUAGUUUUAAAUCACCCACCAGUGUUGGGGCUUUCCCAAGCACUUCUGCUUUUGGACAAGAAGCUGGAGAAAUAGUGAACUCUGGUUUUGGGAAAACCGAAUUCAGCUUUAAACCUCUGGAAAAUGCAGUGUUCAAACCAAUACUGGGGGUUGAAUCUGAGCCAGAGAAAACCCAGAGCCAAAUUGCUUCUGGGUUUUUCACAUUUUCCCACCCAAUUAGUAGUGCACCAGGAGGCCUGGCCCCAUUCUCUUUUCCUCAGGUAACAAGUAGUUCAGCUACCAAUUCAAAUUUUACCUUUUCAAAACCUGUUAGUAGUAAUAAUUCAUUAUCUGCCUUUACCCCUGCUUUGUCGAACCAAAAUGUAGAGGAAGAGAAGAGAGGACCUAAGUCAAUAUUUGGAAGCUCUAGUAAUAGCUUCAGUAGCUUCCCUGUAUCAUCUGCGGUUUUGGGCGAACCUUUCCAGGCUAGCAAAGCAGGUGUCAGGCAGGGGUGUGAAGAAGCUGUUUCCCAGGUGGAACCACUUCCCAGCCUAAUGAAAGGAAUGAAAAGGAAGGAGGAUCAGGAUCGCUCCCCAAGGAGACAUGGCCACGAGACAGCAGAAGAUUUGGAUCCUCUGUCCCGGGGUGAUCAUCCUCCAGACAAACGACCUGUCCGCCUGAAUCGGCCCCGGGGAGGUACUUUAUUUGGUCGGACGAUACAAGAUGUUUUCAAAAGCAAUAAGGAAGUAUGUCGUCUGGGCAACAAGGAGGCCAAAAAGGAAAUUGGCUUUGUUGAGUCUGGAGAAAGUGACCACAUGGCUAUCCCAGGAGGGAGUCAGUCUGUCCUGGCACCUUCCCGGAUUCCAGGUGUGAAUAAAGAGGAAGAAACUGAAAGUAGAGAGAAGAAAGAAGAUUCUCUAAGAGGAACUCCUGCGCGUCCGAGUAACAGAAGCGAGAGCACAGACAGUCUUGGGGGCUUGUGUCCCUCUGAAGUCACAGCCAUCCAGUGCAAGAACAUCCCCGACUACCUCAACGACAGGACCAUUCUGGAGAACCAUUUCGGCAAAAUUGCUAAAGUGCAGCGCGUCUUUACCAGGCGCAGCAAAAAGCUGGCAGUGGUACAUUUCUUUGAUCAUGCAUCUGCAGCCCUGGCUAGAAAGAAGGGGAAAAGUUUGCAUAAAGACAUGGCUAUCUUUUGGCACAGGAAGAAAAUAAGCCCCAAUAAGAAACCCUUUUCCCUGAAGGAGAAGAAACCAGGUGAUGGUGAAGUCAGCCCGAGCACAGAGGAUGCACCCUUUCAGCACUCUCCUCUUAGCAAGGCCGCAGGGAGGGCUGGUGCUGGCAGCCUCCUGAAUAAAAGCUCUCCAGUGAAGAAGCCAAGUCUUCUCAAGGCCCACCAAUUCGAAGGAGACUCUUUUGACUCAGCCUCCGAUGGCUCUGAGGGCCUCGGGCCAUGUGUGCUGUCCCUCAGUACCCUGAUAGGCACUGUGGCUGAGACAUCCAAGGAGAAGUACCGCCUGCUUGACCAGAGAGACAGGAUCAUGCGGCAAGCUCGGGUGAAGAGAACCGAUCUGGACAAAGCGAGGACUUUUGUUGGGACCUGCCUGGAUAUGUGUCCUGAGAAGGAGAGGUACAUGCGGGAGACCCGUAGCCAGCUGAGUGUAUUCGAAGUGGUCCCAGGGACUGACCAGGUGGACCAUGCAGCAGCUGUGAAAGAGUACAGUCGGUCCUCGGCGGAUCAGGAGGAGCCCCUGCCCCACGAGCUGCGGCCCUUGCCAGUGCUCAGCAGGACCAUGGACUACCUGGUGACCCAGAUCAUGGACCAGAAGGAGGGCAGCCUGCGGGACUGGUACGACUUUGUGUGGAACCGCACGCGUGGCAUACGGAAGGAUAUCACACAGCAGCACCUCUGCGACCCCCUGACGGUGUCCCUGAUUGAGAAGUGCACCCGGUUUCACAUCCACUGUGCCCACUUCAUGUGUGAGGAGCCCAUGUCCUCCUUUGAUGCCAAGAUCAAUAAUGAGAACAUGACCAAGUGCCUGCAGAGCCUGAAGGAGAUGUACCAGGACCUGAGAAACAAGGGCGUCUUCUGUGCCAGCGAAGCGGAGUUCCAGGGCUACAAUGUUCUGCUCAGUCUCAACAAGGGAGACAUCCUAAGAGAAGUACAACAGUUCCAUCCUGCUGUUAGAAACUCCUCCGAGGUGAAAUUUGCUGUUCAGGCUUUUGCUGCAUUGAACAGUAAUAAUUUUGUGAGAUUUUUCAAACUGGUCCAGUCAGCUUCUUACCUGAAUGCUUGUCUUUUACACUGUUACUUCAAUCAGAUCCGCAAGGAUGCUCUCCGGGCGCUCAAUUUCGCGUACACGGUGAGCACACAGCGAGCCACCGUCUUUCCUCUGGAUGGCGUGGUGCGCAUGCUGCUGUUCAGAGACUGCGAAGAGGCGACCGACUUCCUCACCUGCCACGGCCUCACCGUUUCCGACGGCUGUGUGGAGCUGAACCGGGCCGCAUUCCUGGAACCAGAGGGAUUAUCCAAGACCAGGAAGUCGGUGUUUAUUACCAGGAAGCUGACGGUGUCGGUUGGUGAAAUUGUGAACGGAGGGCCAUUGCCCCCCGUUCCUUGUCACACCCCUGUGUGCAGCUUCAACUCCCAGAACAAGUACAUCGGGGAGAGUCUGGCCGCAGAGCUGCCCGUCGGCACCCAAAGACCCGGCUCGGACACACUGGGUGGAGGGAGAGGAGAGGAGUGUGGUGUAGAGCCGGACACACCCCUGCCGGGUCUCCCACAGUCUCUACCAGCCCCUGCGCCCUCGCCAGUGCCUCUGCCUCCUGUCCUGGCACUGACCCCGUCUGCGGCACCCAGCCUCUUCCAGCUGUCCGUGCAGCCUGAGCCGCCACCUCCAGAGCCUGUGCCCAUGUACUCUGACGAGGACCUGGCGCAGGUGGUGGACGAGCUCAUCCAGGAGGCUCUGCAGAGGGACUGUGAGGAAGUCGGCUCUGCAGGUGCUGCCUACGCAGCUGCUGCCCUGGGUGUUUCUAAUGCUGCUGUGGAGGAUUUGUUAACAGCUGCAACCACGGGCAUUUUGAGGCACAUUGCAGCUGAAGAAGUGUCUAAGGAAAGGGAGCGAAGGGAGCAGGAGAGGCAGCGGGCUGAAGAAGAAAGGUUAAAACAAGAGAGGGAGCUGGUGUUAAGUGAGCUGAGCCAGGGCCUGGCCGUGGAGCUGAUGGAACACGUGAUGAUGGAGUUUGUGAGGGAAACCUGCUCCCAGGAGUUGAAGAAUGCAUUAGAGACAGACCAGAGGGUCCGUGUGGCCCGUUGCUGUGAGGAUGUCUGUGCCCAUCUAGUGGACUUGUUUCUCGUGGAGGAAAUCUUCCAGGCUGCAAAGGAGACCCUCCAGGAGCUUCAGUGCUUCUGCAAGUAUCUACAGCGGUGGAGGGAAGCUGUUGCAGCCCGUAAGAAACUGAGGCGCCAGAUGCGGGCUUUCCCUGCUGCGCCCUGCUGCAUGGACGUGAGCAACCGGCUGAGGGCGCUGGCGCCCAGUGCAGAGUGCCCCAUUGCUGAGGAGAACCUGGCCAGGGGCCUCCUGGACCUGGGCCACGCAGGGAGAUUGGGCAUCUCCUGCACCAGGUUGAGGCGGCUCAGAAACAAGACAGCUCACCAGAUGAAGGUUCAGCACUUCUACCAGCAGCUGCUGAGUGAUGUGGCGUGGGCGUCUCUGGACCUGCCGUCCCUUGUGGCUGAGCACCUCCCUGGGAGGCAGGAGCAUGUGUUUUGGAAGCUGGUGCUGGUGUUGCCGGAUGGAGAGGAGCAGUCCCCAGAGAGUCGUGGCAGAAUUCUAGCAAAUUGGUUAAAAGUCAAGUUCAUGGGAGAUGAAGGCUCAAUGGAUGACACAUCCAGCGAUGCUGGUGGGAUUCAGACACUUUCGCUUUUCAACUCGCUUAGCAGCAAAGGGGAUCAGAUGAUUUCUGUUAACGUGUGUAUAAAGGCUGUGGCCAAAGACUUCCUCAGUUCCUGCCACAUGGGCCUCUCCCCAGAUGACAGCAUGCCAGCUGGCUUUCAUCAGAGUGAGCAAGAGGUGGCCCAUGGCGCCCUCAGUGAUGAUGCCAUCGAUGCUGUGGAGACACAGAAGGACCUCCUGGGAGCCAGUGGGCUCAUGCUGCUGCUUCCCCCCAAAAUGAAGAGUGAGGACGUGGCAGAGGAGGACGUGUACUGGCUGUCGGCCUUGCUGCAGCUCAAGCAGCUCCUGCAGGCCAAGCCCUUCCAGCCUGCACUUCCUCUGGUGGUUCUUGUGCCUAGCCCUGGAGGGGACGCCGUUGAGAAGGAAGUGGAAGAUGGUCUGAUGCUACAGGACUUGGUUUCAGCUAAGCUGAUUUCAGAUUACACUGUUACCGAGAUCCCUGAUUCCAUUAAUGAUCUACAAGGUUCAACUAAGGUUUUGCAAGCGGUGCAGUGGCUGGUUUCCCACUGCCCCCAUUCCCUUGACCUUUGCUGCCAGACUCUCAUUCAGUACGUCGAAGACGGGAUUGGCCAUGAGUUUAGUGGCCGCUUUUUCCAUGACAGAAGGGAGAGGCGUCUGGGCGGUCUCACUUCGCAGGAGCCUGGCGCCAUCAUUGAGCUGUUUAACAGUGUGCUGCAGUUCCUGGCUUCCGUGGUGUCCUCUGAACAGCUAUGUGAUCUGUCCUGGCCUGUCACUGAGUUUGCUGAGGCAGGGGGCAGCCGGCUGCUUCCUCACCUGCACUGGAAUGCCCCAGAGCACCUGGCGUGGCUGAAGCAGGCUGUGCUUGGGUUCCAGCUUCCGCAGAUGGACCUUCCUCCCCUGGGGGCCCCCUGGCUCCCCGUGUGCUCCAUGGUUGUCCAGUACACCUCCCAGAUCCCCAGCUCACGCCAGACACAGCCUGUCCUCCAGUCCCAGGUGGAGAACCUGCUCCGCAGAACCUACUGUAGGUGGAAGAGCAAGAGCCCCUCCCCAGUCCAUGGGGCAGGCCCCUCAGUCAUGGAGAUCCCAUGGGAUGACCUCAUCGCCUUGUGUAUCAACCACAAGCUGAGAGACUGGACGCCCCCCCGGCUUCCUGUUACAUCAGAGGCACUGAGUGAAGAUGGUCAGAUAUGUGUGUAUUUUUUUAAAAACGAUUUGAAAAAAUAUGAUGUUCCUUUGUCGUGGGAACAAGCCAGAUUGCAGACGCAGAAGGAGCUACAGCUGAGAGAGGGACGUUUGGGAAUAAAGCCUUUUCAUCCUUCUGCAAACAAUUUUCCCAUACCAUUGCUUCACAUGCACCGUAACUGGAGGAGGAGCACAGAGGGUGGCCGAGAGGGGAGGAUUCCCCGCACAGAGGAUCUGAUGCGAGGAGCUUCUGCUGAGGAGCUCUUGGCGCAGUGCUUGUCGAGCAGUCUGCUGCUGGAGAAAGAGGAGAACAAGAGGUUUGAAGAUCAGCUUCAGCAAUGGUUGUCUGAAGACUCAGGAGCAUUUACGGAUUUAACUUCCCUUCCCCUCUAUCUUCCUCAGACUCUAGUGUCUCUUUCUCACGCUAUUGAACCUGUGAUGAAAACAUCCGUAACUACUAGCCCACAGAGUGACAUGACGAGGGAGCAGCUACAGCUGUCAGAGGCAACAGGAACGUGUCUAACCGAACGGCUAAAGCACCUGGAAAGGCUGAUCCGGAGUUCAAGGGAAGAGGAAGUUGCCUCUGAGCUCCAUCUCUCUGCGCUGCUAGAUAUGGUGGACAUUUGAUCAGCUGACCUGUGGGGAGGGGGUCUUUCCCAAAGAGUUUGUUUUUACUCAAAAUAAUGUUAUUAUCAGAUGCUUGAUGCACUGUUGGAAAUGUGAUUAUUAAUCAUGCAAAUAAACCAUUUAAGUGUCAAA